CCGAUUCAGUUUCAGAGAACAGGAGGAACAAUCAUGCAACCGAAGAACAGGUUUAUCUAGAAGAACGGGAACAUGCAUUAUCAUAAUAUCCAUAAAAGCAGAAGAGUAGCAUACUUCUUAUUGGCCAAUAGAGAUGGAAUUCUGUUGUCACGUGACCUAUGUCUCACAAGUUCCUCUUAGGUCACUCACUGUAAUGGCUGUGAUAAGGACUGGUUCGGGCAAAAGCACUGGGAAGUUGAGAUAUUUGUGACGUUUGGUUGAAUCUUACCGUCUUGGCUUGGUGAAAACAGCCAACAAGGCUCCAGUCUGAGCUGCCACCGAGAGUAAUUGGUAUCUGAAACAGGUACCAAAAAACAUGGCGCUGCUGGUUCUUCCUAUAUUGCUACUGACUGCAGUAACUUCAAAGAGUGAAGUUUUACACACCCACACUACGUUUGAUCUGUGCUCUGACACAGAUGACGCAGCCUAUGCAUUUGUUAUCGAUGGGAACGAAAUGUUCCACCUGAACAUUACUCAGAAGGAGCUGGUUAUGAGGUUGCCUGAAUUUACAAGUGUGAUUGACUGUCCUCACUGCCUAAGCAUCGCUUUGUCAGCAAUAACUACAUGCCGCAAAAAUUUAAACACCACCCUGAAAGCAGACAACUAUCCAGCAACACACGAUGCACCACAGGUUGUGCUGUACCCCAAAGAUGAGGUUGAACUGGCGGUCAUCAACACCUUGGUCUGCUUUGUCAAUCACUUCCACCCGCCACCAGUGAACAUUAAGUGGGCCAAAAACAAUGUGGAAGUGACUGGAGGGGUGGUUACGGACCAGUACAUCCCUCACACUGAUGUUACCUUCUAUCAGUUCUCUUACCUGACUUUCACACCACAAGAGGGCGAUAUCUACUCUUGCACUGUGGAGCAUCUGGCUUUAGAGUCACCCUUAACCAGGAUAUGGGGUAAUGUAAUGAUUCUUUUUUCAUAUAAAGAACCACUAAGACUGAAGGAACAUGUAGGGUUUAGAGCUCUGUGUUGUAUGUAUGAGCACAGUAAUGUACAAUUAAUUGCAAUCGCAUUUAUAAAAUGGGUAAAGCAAAAAACCUAAUAUUACAACUUUUGUUAACUUGCCUCAAUUUGUUUACAAGGAAAAAGCUGAAGAACUGUUUAACAUAAUAAGCAUCUUUAACAGAUGAAAAUAAUCACAUACACUGACAGAUGUUUUUAUCUGAAAUCCAAGAUCUAUUAUGAAAUUAAAGGGAAACUGAAGUAUAGGGAGAAAAUGCUGUUGCAUAACAGAGAUCCAGCUUUUGCAUACAUACUAUUUUUGUUUUACAUCCAUGCUGCCAAGAAAUACAUUUUUAGAAGGGUGAGAGGGAGUGAGACAGAGGGAGAGAGAAUAAGGGAUAGAGAGGCCAAAAUGAGUUGAGGGCAAGCACACUGAGAGGCAACUCAGAGCAGAAGAGGAUGACAAAAUUAAACUGAAAUUCAUUCUAGGCAUGACAUGCAGGUUGUAAAGCUGGCUGUUGCAACCUGUUGCAAAAUGUUUUAACCUGUUGCACUUUUUUAAUACAAUUGAUUUCAAG